AUGAUGUUUCCACAAUCAAGACACUCAGCUUCUUCACAGCAGCUGAAAUUUACGACUUCAGACUCGUGUGACAGAAUCAAGGAUGAGUUCCAGUUUCUUCAAGCACAGUAUCACAGCCUCAAGCUUGAAUGUGACAAGCUGGCCAGCGAGAAGUCAGAGAUGCAGCGCCAUUAUAUCAUGUACUAUGAGAUGUCCUAUGGGCUGAACAUUGAGAUGCACAAACAGGCUGAAAUUGUGAAGAGAUUAAAUGGGAUCUGUGCUCAAGUGCUGCCCUACCUGUCUCAGGAGCACCAGCAGCAGGUCCUGGCUGCGAUCGAGCGCGCCAAGCAGGUCACCCCCCCUGAAAUGAACUCCAUCAUCAGGCAGCAGCUCCAGGCUCACCAGCUGUCCCAGCUCCAAGGACUGGCCCUGCCCAUGACCCCGCUGCCAUUGGGUCUGAGCCAGCCCACUCUGCCUGCGGUCACCACCUCAUCUGGGCUCUUCUCCCUGUCCUCUCUGCUGGCAUCUCAGGCCCAGCUGGCCAAGGAGGAGAAGGCUUCCCGUGAUGGAGCAGACAGCCAUCGUGAAGAAGAUGGAGACAAGUCUGAUUAG